AUGAGUACGUUUAAAAUGCCUAAGAAGCUGAUUCAGAGGUGGAUAAGCAGCAAAGAAGCUUUUGGUGGGGGUAUAAGAAUAACAAAGGAUCUAGCUGGUCUUGGCUUUAGGGACCUAGAAAUGCUUAAUCAUGCACUUCUAACAAAAUUAGCUUGGAGAAUAUGCACUCAAAGUGAUCAUUUGGUUACACAAGUCCUUAAAGCUAAGUACUUCAAACAUGAAGAGUUUUUACAUAUAAAUGCUAAAAGAUAUAAUACUUCUUGGAUCUGGAGGGGUAUUGAAGUUGGUUUAAAAAAUCUUCAAUUGAAUUGCUGCAUGGAGAUGAACAAUGGUAAGAAGACCAGAAUCUGGCUGGAUAAUUGGAUUUAUGGCAUGGAAUUCAAACCAGUUCCAAAUGAUACUUCUCAUUUCUCCUAUGUGUUUGUUAAUGAACUGAUGCUACCUUACACAGCUGCUUGGAAUGUCCCACUUUUAAAUCAGCUCUUCUCCACUGAGGUAGUCAACAGAAUUAAAUGUAUGAUAAUAUCUCCAGAUGAAGAAGAUGAAGUUAAAUGGAAACCGGCUAAAGAUGGCGUCUUUACAGUCAAAAGUGCCUACAAUAAGCUAGUGGAAAACAGAGUCAACAAUCAAGCAGCACUAAAGACUGUCCCAAAGAAGACUUGGAAAUCAUUAUGGAGUAUGAACCUUCCACAUUGA